UUUUUUGUUCUUCCGGAAGAGACUCAACUACAGAGAUCGAACACUUGCCGUGUCUACCUCCGCCUACAAGUAUAUCAACUCUGUCUUCAAUGUCCUGAGAAUUGAAUCGCUCGCUCUUCGUAGAAAUUUUUUUCUCCAGUAGUAUUAUUAUCACCACCUCUCCCCGAACUUUCGGAUCGUAAAGUAAGCUCUCUGGAUGAAGAAGACAAGACACACUGAAAAGUUCGGUCCUUUAUUAGAUCGUAGCUGAAGAGUUUCCGACAUAACUGCUGCCACCAUCACCGUUCGUUCUCUGUUGCUGAUUUCGAUUCUCACAAAAUGAAGCAACUUCAGCCACUGCAGAGCCUUAGCCAGUCGCAGAGGAUAGCUCUCGCUGGCCUUCUCGUCCUCCUCUUCCCGAUCUUAUCUCCCAAUCUCUUCCACCCUCUUGGUCGCGCCUCUCCUUCUCUCUUCUCCGAAUGGAAUGCUCCAAGGCCAAGACAUUUGCGCUUACUCGAAGGUGCUCUUCAUCGUCACAUUUCGAUCAGACAACAGGUGGAGUUAUGGUCUCCCUUGCCAGAUCAAUCUUGGAAGCCUUGCACUCAAUCUUUUACAGGAUCUCCAUUGCCUGACAAGUCUCAAGGGUUUCUUCAGGUGUUCCUUGACGGUGGACUUAAUCAACAAAGAAUGGGCAUAUGCGAUGCGGUUGCUGUUGCUAAGAUAAUGAACGUCACGCUUGUGAUUCCACGCCUUGAAGUUAAUCCUGUUUGGCAAGAUUCAAGUUCGUUCGCAGAUAUAUUCGAUGUGGAUCACUUUACAAGUGUCCUUAAAGACGAGGUUCGGAUUGUUAGAGAGCUUCCUCCACAAUACGCUUGGAGCACGCGUGAUUACUACGCCACAGGUAUUCGAGCUACUAGGAUUAAGACUGCGCCUACUCACGCCUCGGCAGAGUGGUAUGUGGAGAAUGUAUUGCCUGUUAUCCAGAGCUAUGGCAUUGCUGCUGUUGCCCCGUUCUCUCACCGUUUGGGGUUUGACAAUGUUCCUGAAAGUAUACAGCGGUUACGCUGUAAAGUGAACUUUGAAGCAUUAGACUUUGUUCCUCGCAUUCGUGAGCUAGGGGAUGCUCUUGUGCAUCGACUCAGAAAUCCUCCUUCCAGCUCUGAAACAUCAGGAGCUAUGGAUCCAACAGAGAGAGUAAACACCAUUGCAAAAUCCGGAGCUGGGAAGUUCGUCGUGCUUCAUCUUCGUUUCGAUAAAGAUAUGGCAGCGCAUUCAGGAUGUGACUUUGGAGGUGGCAAGGCGGAAAGACUAGCGCUGGCGAAAUACCGCCAAGUGAUAUGGCAAGGAAGGGUCUUAAACUCACAGUUCACAGACGAAGAGCUAAGAAACAAAGGGCGUUGUCCGUUGACACCCGAAGAGAUUGGUCUACUGCUUUCAGCGUUGGGUUUCACUAACAACACCCGUCUCUACCUAGCUUCACACCAGGUCUACGGAGGAGAAGCAAGAAUCUCAACCCUGCGUAAACUCUUCCCGGUGCUUGAAAACAAGAAGAGCCUAGCCUCUGCGGAGGAACUAGCUGAGGUAGAAGGGAAAGCUUCACUGAUGGCUGCGGUGGAUUACUACGUGAGCAUGAAGAGUGAUAUCUUCAUCUCUGCAUCUCCAGGGAAUAUGCACAAUGCAUUGCUUGCGCAUAGAGCUUACUUGAACUUGAAGACCAUAAACCCAAACAUGAUACUGUUGGGACAGGUUUUGGUGAACAAGAGCUUAGGGUGGUCUGAGUUUGAAGGAGGUGUUGUGAAUGGGCACAAGAACAGGCAAGGUCAGCUUCGUCUACGGAAGCAGAAACAGUCUAUUUACACUUAUCCAGCUCCUGAUUGUAUGUGCAAAGCAGCUUAAGCUGUUAUUUUUUUUUUCUGUUGCAUACAAUCUUUAUCAAUCUUCAGGAAAUCUUACGGUAACUAAGGCUUUGUAGAAUACUAGCAACUAAGCAAAUUGUUUAAGUCUAAAUUAUUGUCUAUUGUUACA